AUGUUGGUAGAGUUGCCUUGUCGUUUACAGGGUCUUGUGCAGCGCGUUUCGAUGAGUGUAUUGCGGCAGAUCCGCCGCGAUCUGCAUUUCUGUAAAGCUUUGCGGGAAUUAUGUAAGGUGAUGAAGGGUAGAUCGGCAAGUGCGGAGAAUGCGAACACCAUAAAUGCAAUCGAUGCGGAGACGGCUCAGCAGACGGACCUUGGGCGGUUGAAGCGUUGUUCGGGUUAUGCGGAGUUGGCGCAUCUGGAUGAGAGUUUAGAGGAUUGGAUGGUGGCGUUGACAGAGAUUGCUUCGCAGUUAAAGACGUUGACAUGCCUGGCGUUGCAGAUGACGAACCAUGCAAUGGUGAAUUGGCCUGCACGUAUCUUGUCUAGUGCUAUCGACGUUUGGUAUCUGGACUUGCCCGGUGCGUUUUCGGGCAUGUCCGAGAGCUACAAGGACAAGGCGGACCGGCUUCUAGGGCCUCCGCGACCAGGUGUCAGUCGUAGCGUGUCGCUGCCACUGUCGCCACCGCUAAGGCAGAAGCAGUGCAUAACUGAGCAGCUAGUCAAGCUGGCACGCAUCAAGUUCCAUAUGACCAGCCGGACCGCAUCCUCCAGCCGCAAGUCCAUGGACGAGGCGGUGUUCGGGACCAAGGAUGUACGCGCACGCGCCGCCUCGCUGCAACCUUGUUUGAAGAGAGUCAAAUCCUUUUCCCCGAUGUCCUAUGCACCGUCGGAAAUGACCCCCAGCCCCACUCGGUCGCAAGUAAUUCCGAACGUUCUCUUCAAGGGCAUUUUCGACAAGAUGUACUUCAAGGCUGUACACGGAUCCCGAAACAUGUAUGCACCUUACCUCGACCGAUUCGAGGAUUUUCUGGGGCCGUACAUGGAAUUCAACGAAGAUGGCUGUACUUGCUGCUGCGCCCUCGGCAGCCUAGACUACCCCGAAUUUCACAACCUCGCCCAAUGCGCGCUACGAAUCGCACAAAGGGUACAAAAAUACGCGUCCAACCCCCUCGUGGCAUUGCGCCACAAGUCGGCGAGUGCCGCACAACCGAAAGUCUCCUUCAUGAGUCGUUGGAUGCCCGCUGCGGCCACUGCCAACGGAGUCAAUACCGUAUUGGAGAAACAAGAGAAGUUAACACAACUUGCAGAAAAUUUGAUUGCUACCAAAAUUAGUCCUCAUGUCCACUCGGCCCUCGAGACUAGGAUCUACAAGGCGGAAAGCUACGUCACGCUGCUCAAAGCGUACGUUAACGAGCUCUCGGUAACCUUCCGAGAGCUCGAAAAACUCGAUUUGGAGGCGAAACAGCUCAUUCACGCCAAAGAGUGCGUGUCUAAAGAAGGCAUCUCGAACAAACCUUCAGGCGGAGAAGAAACUCUCUUUGGAACCCCCAACUUCAAGCAGUACCAUGAUGGGGACAGUGAGAUCAGAAAGUCCUCCAGCGCAGCACCACUAUCUGCAGGCCUACGGAGCAGAGAAAUUGGCAUGAGAGCAGCAGUUCUCGUCUCCGAGAUACUUUUCCCGGCAGCGUUUACCCCCCACGACGCCAUGAAGAAACCACCAAGCCUGGCCAGUGACAGCCAGGACUCGGGCUGCGGGCGCGGCAGUCGUCACUACUACCAAGGCCCAAACGAGCAGGCAACCCGCAAGCCAACAGACGAAAUCCCCAGCAUUGGAAAGAUCAUGAUGAUUUUGUCACAAUGGAAGCGGUUCAUAGACCCACACCUCAUGACUCAAAUGCAUCUGCACCAUCUGGACGCAGACGACGGGUGCUAG